AUGUCAACAGCUUCAUCAUCCCGCCGCCCAGCAACCACAAGAUCAGCCCGCAGCCCAGAGUCCUUCGACUCCCUGCGAACGCGAGAUGCCGCCGCAGAGAUUCUUCAGAGCUACGAGAAGCUCAGCUGGUUCUCUUUCCAUCGAUGCGAGACCAUCAUGCAGACCCGACAGCACUUCCAGCGCGUAGCAGCCGGCUUCGAUAGUGACGCUGAGGCGAAGAACGUCAGGUGGGAAGAGGACUUCACGCGCCACCCGAAGUCAGCUGAGGAAGAGGCAAAGUCAAGUCGAAAGGGCAAGGAGAGGGUGAGUCUGGGUGGCGAGUCUGGGCGCAAGGAGCGCAAUGGCAGCAAAAGCAAAGAUGCUGGUGCGGCGACUGAGCCGGUAGCGAAGGAGUCUUGA